UCAGACUGCAUUCAAAUCCGUACGUGUUUAUUAAUAAGUUUUUACUAAAUAUCUCUCUUAAAAUGGACGAUUUCGACAUAUUCUCCGACGAAACAAACUUUACUCGACCGCUUUACAAGGAUGUAUUGAAUAAAUAUGUAAAGGAAAUACCAGCAACGCCAAGUGGACCCAACUACCAAAGUGGCAAUAAACUGAUGGCCGAGGAGUACUUCAUGCAGAAUGAUGAUGCCCGCUGUGCCUUCCACCUCAGUGAGGCUGUGUCUGCGUCUCUCCGGAUCCUGGCGCUGUAUAGGGAGAAUCAGCUGAAGGGAAGUGAGAACAAACUACACAAGAUUACCAGUUUUAUCAAACCAAUGAAGGAAAUCAUGGAGUCUGGUCCCAUAAGCAAGGAAGAUCAGAACAUAUUUGACCUGUUAUCAAUAAACACAGAGGAGGUCACCGAAGCCCUAAGUGUCUUUGAGAUUGAGGAGCUGGAGCCGUUCCAUAAGAGGUACUUGAAGUUCAGCUCGGUGAACAACGUUGACAAUUUUCAGAAGAUUCUGAAAGAAUUGCCUACAGAAUGGACAGUAAUCCAGCUGUCAGCCCCGUACAAUCCCAACGAGAACUUGAAACCAUUUGACGAAUACAAGACGGAGAUCGACUCUCUAUACCUUAGCAUGUUCACUAACGAUUACACGGAGCAGUGUGAAUUUGGACCCGUUACUGUUAAUAUACCCGCAAAUGUACCUGGCGAGGGGGUAAAGCCGCUGUUCACGGAGUUAUACGCGCUUCUAGACGAAAACUACAAGACCAUAGACAAUGCUCGUCUUUUGAACAACAAACGACUCGUCCAGAACUAUUGGAAUCGGAGGGAGGACAUCGACCUGCGGAUGAAGAGUGUGCUAUUCAUGCGACUGACACCAAAACAACGCGUCCUACUCUACAACCUCGUAGACUCCAGUCCAUCUCUCUCUUCGCAACAAAUAAAACCUUGCAUUAGAAGAAUUUUGACCGAGCAUGGCAACCCUGAGGAUGUCAGGCAACAUCUACCGGGCGAUUGUCAGACUUGUAGCAAAGACUUUAAGAUCGCCAGUGAGUUAUGCCUCAAGUGCCUGAUGAAGUGUUUCGAGGGCGUCCACAAAUUCGCUCUAGUUGACGGCAUCAGAGCGUUCUCGCAGGCUGUCAUGAAAGUCAAAGAUGGUGAUGAAUGGGCGGCGUUGAAGAAAGCUAAAAGGCAUCCUGUCAUCUUGAUAGUAGACGAGAUGCUGGACACAUUCCCCUGGGAGAGCCUGCCGAUCCUGUCCCAACAUCCGGUCUCCAGGAUAGAAAACAUUCACUUCCUGUACAGUUUGUACAAGUUACACCAGGACAAGAUUGUCGACGGAUACUAUGCGGCCAAGAUUGAUGUUGGCAGAUAUGUCAUUAACCCAGAAAACAACUUAGAACGAAUGGAAAAGCGGAUGAGUUCUUUCAUCCAAUACUGGUGCCGAACUUGGAGUGGUCACGUGUCGCAGCCGCCACCGCCCGAUCAGUUUAUAAACCAUCUCACCACUUCUGACGUCUUCCUAUACUGCGGGCACGGCGACGGCUGCCAGCUGGCGCACGGCGGCGGCGGCUGCGGCGUCGAGGGAGCCACGGGCACGCGCGGCGCCGCGCUGCUGUCCGGCUGCGGCUCCGUGCGCCUGCAGCACGGCGCCGGGAGAGGACCGCCUAUGGCUGCGCACCACCACUUGAGAGUUGCCGGAAGCCCGAUGGUAAUCGGCAUGCUAUGGGAAGUAACCGACCUGGAAGUGGACAAAAUGGUCAGCACACUGGUCUCACUGUACGUGCCUUCAGACGCGCCUGUCCCGUGGCCCAGUGUGGGCAAGACGAAUUGGAGUAAAGGAGAACUUGACACAAACGUGGAACAGAAGCUGCCAUUCACACCUGAACCGGACUUGCUCCGCGCUGUCAGCCGCUCACGAGGGUCGUCCAACUUUGUCAUGAUUGCUUCCAGCAUGGUAGCGCGAGGGCUGCCCAUACGGAUACUUUGAUGUACGUUUAUUUAUUGUUUCCACUAGGGUUG